UGCUUGAAAGGAAAUACGUUUUCUGUUUGUUUUAAUUAUCACAUAACAAGAGAAAAAGAAAGGUGAUAAACUAUAUGAUAAAGAGAAAUAUAUAUAUAUAUAUAUAUAUGUAAACAUAAUCAGGAUAUUCUAUUCAUUCAAUAUAAUUUUAUACAAGUGUUUAAUUAUUAGAUAUUCCUAAAAACAAUAUACAUAUGUUUAACUAAUAAUCAGCUGUUCUCUGUUUAUCGAAAUCAUAUACACAUGAGAAUUGAACACAUUGCCAUGAUCAACUACAUUUACCUUCCAUACAUUUCAUUUCUUUGACAUUCUAUCAGAACUUUUUUUUUGUUUUCGCUUAAUACGGAAAGAAAACUCUUGAUAUGGACAAAUUAAAAUAAAAACAAGAAUCAAUCAAUUCUUGGAUUUAUCUUAUUGAAUUCAUUGGAGUAAUAACAUAUAUUACUAAGUAAAGUAUUUCUGGAAGAUAACAAAAUGACAACGUUCCAAUUAUAUACAUUAUUAUUUGUUUUAUUCUAUUGUAAUGCACCAUUCAUUGGACAAAAUUAUUAUUUCAUUACACAAGUAAUUGCUAUCACUGAUAUGAAAUCAAAGUGUACAGAUAAAUCAUUUAAUUUACACACAUCAAAUGUACAAUCAGAUAAUACUGUUAAUGAUGAUCCUAGUUAUAAUAAUAAUAAUAAUAACAUACAAACAAUGUCAAAAUCAUCAUUUAAAAAUAAAUCACAUUCACCAUUGUCAACAUCAACAAAUUUCUUAUAUAACAUAUCGAAUCCCGUUGAACGUAAUUUUAAAUUAACCAAUCAAGUUGGUGGAUUAGGUUUAGUAUCAUCAGUACAAAAUCGUAUUAGUCUUGAUACAUUAUCGCAUACAACAAAUUCUCCAUUGAAUAUAAUAAAGCAUAAUUCACCAGUUUUAAGUAAUUCAUUAAUCUCUUCAAUAGAUGAUAUGAAACGAUAUAAAAAUAAUCAACCAAUAACUGAUUGGCCAACAUCAUUAGCAUCAGAAGAAUAUAGUAAAAUUAAUAUGCGUAUUAUGGGUCAACCAAUUGAUCCAAGUGUUGUUAAUCAUUUACAUCCAGAUGUAUCACCACAUAAAAUAAAAAAAUUACGUAAAAUUUUAUCUGGUAGUUUAGAUAAAGAAUGGACAUCUGAAACACCACCAAGAGUAUUAAGACAACGUGGAAUAUCUGGUUCAUUUAAUACAAAUAAUCAAGAAAGUUAUACAUCACUUGAUGCUAAAUUAUUAAAAGAGAUUAGAGAAUUGAAUUUUACAUUUCGUAAUUCAUAUGGUGUAUAUUUUACUUUAACUGAUGAACAAAUUCAACCAUAUCGUUAUUGGUUAAUUGAACGUGCUACAUGUGAAAUGGAUUUUAUAUGGGAAGAUUUAGGACCAUUAUUUUGGCCACGUUGGAUACGUAGAGGUGUAUGUUUAAAUCGUCCUGGACAUUCAUGUUCAUGGCCAUCUGGUAUGAAAUGUCGACCAUCUGGUUCACGUGCAUUACAAUUAUUACAUUGGAAAUGUGAAGAUGCUGCACAAGUACAAACUAGAGAACAUGCUGCUGAUCAACGUAUACGUCGUCGUGUAUCAAUGAAUACAUUUCAUUCAGGUUUUUAUGAAAUGGAACCUGUUACAGAUAUUAUUAAAUCGAAACAUAAACGUGAUACUUAUGCACGUUUAAGUUUGAAAGAUAAUUCAUUACAACAUAUUAAUUCAUAUCGUAAAUUACAAGCACGUAAUCUAGGUAAUUCACAUUAUGAUACUAAAACAUCAUGGACAAAUAUAAAAUCAUCUGAACCAUCAACAUUAUCAUCAUCAUCUUCAUCAUCAAUAUCAUCUUCAUCAUCCUCUUUACACUUAGAUACAAAUUCAAAAGAUGAAAAACGUCGACGUCGUGCUAGACGUCUAAUUAAACGUCUCAGUGUAACAGCUAAUGGAUAUCAUUGUUAUUGGCAAGUACAAAAAUAUUUAAUUAGUGAUCGUUGUUCAUGUUCAUGUUCAUAA